CAGACCGCCCCUCCUGGUCCCUUCUCCUCUCUUGCCCCCAUCCCUCUCUCCCUAGCUUCCAAGCUAUAGGGCUAGCAGCUACAGUAAUUGAGUGCUCAGGUUUCACACUUUCAGCUGCGGGCUGAGAAACAUGGCAGUGGAGGAGGCAGCAGACUAUUUGGCAGAAACUGAUGUAAAUGCCUGCUAUCUGCGAUCAGCUCGGGCCGGGAACCUAGAAAAAGCUUUGGACUACCUGAAGAAUGGAGUCGACAUCAAUAUUUGCAAUCAGAAUGGCCUGAAUGCUCUCCAUCUGGCCUCGAAGGAGGGCCAUGUGGAAGUGGUGGCUGAGCUCAUCAAGCAUGGUGCCAAUGUGGAUGCAGCUACUAAGAAAGGAAACACAGCCCUCCACAUAGCUUCCCUUGCUGGCCAGACAGAAGUGGUGAAGGAACUCGUCACCCACAAUGCCAACGUCAAUGCACAGUCUCAGAAUGGCUUCACUCCACUGUAUAUGGCGGCGCAGGAGAACCACAUGGAUGUGGUGCAGUUCUUAUUGGACAACGGCUCCAGUCAGAGCAUCGCCACUGAGGAUGGUUUCACUCCCCUGGCGGUGGCAUUGCAGCAGGGCCAUGACCAGGUGGUUUCCCUCUUGCUGGAAAACGACACCAAAGGGAAGGUCCGCCUGCCAGCGCUGCACAUCGCCGCACGAAAAGAUGACACCAAGGCUGCUGCGCUCCUCCUCCAGACUGACCACAACGCUGACGUGGAGUCCAAGAUGAUGGUGAAUAGAACAACAGAGAGCGGUUUCACUCCUCUUCAUAUCGCGGCUCACUACGGCAAUAUCAACGUAGCAACACUCCUGCUUAACAGAGGGGCAGCUGUGGACUUCAAGGCAAGGAAUGACAUUACACCACUGCACGUAGCAUCCAAACGUGGGAAUAGCAACAUGGUGCGACUGCUGCUGGAGAGAGGAGCCAAGAUUGAUGCACGGACCAAGGAUGGUCUGACUCCUCUCCACUGUGGAGCCAGAAGUGGCCAUGAGCAGGUGGUGGAGAUGCUGCUGGACAGAGGAGCUCCAAUUCUAUCAAAGACCAAGAACGGUUUGUCUCCCCUCCAUAUGGCAACACAGGGCGACCACCUCAACUGUGUCCAGCUGCUGCUGCACCACGAGGUGCCCGUGGACGACGUGACGAAUGACUACUUGACGGCGCUGCACGUGGCCGCACACUGUGGGCAUUACAAGGUGGCAAAGGUCAUUGUGGACAAGAAGGCCAACCCCAACGCCAAGGCACUGAAUGGUUUCACUCCCCUGCACAUCGCCUGUAAGAAAAACAGAGUCAAGGUGAUGGAGCUACUUCUGAAGCAUGGAGCGUCUAUACAGGCAGUCACUGAGUCCGGUCUGACUCCGAUCCACGUUGCAGCGUUUAUGGGACAUGAAAACAUCGUUCACCAGCUAAUUCAUCACGGGGCUUCACCAAACACAAGUAAUGUGAGGGGGGAGACGGCACUCCACAUGGCAGCGAGGGCAGGACAGUCAAAUGUGGUCCGAUAUCUGAUCCAGAAUGGAGCACAAGUCGAUGCCAGAGCCAAGGACGACCAGACUCCGCUGCACAUCUCAAGCCGUCUUGGUAAACAAGACAUUGUCCACCAGCUGCUGGCUAACGGAGCAUGCCCAGAUGCCACGACCAGCUCCGGAUACACACCUUUACACCUGGCCGCCAGGGAGGGACACAGAGAUGUGGCAUCAUCGCUGCUGGACCAAGGAGCUAGUCUGGGCAUUAUUACCAAGAAGGGCUUCACUCCUUUGCACGUGGCUGCAAAGUACGGGAAGAUCGAGGUCGCCAACCUGCUGCUGCAGAAAAACGCUCCAUCUGAUGCUGCAGGGAAGAGUGGACUAACUCCACUGCAUGUGGCAGCACACUAUGAUAACCAGAAGGUGGCACUGCUCUUGCUAAACCAGGGAGCUUCACCGCAUGCUGCUGCAAAGAAUGGCUACACACCACUUCACAUUGCAGCUAAGAAGAAUCAGAUGGAGAUAACCACCACGUUACUGGAGUACGGUGCCUCCACCAACACAGUAACACGCCAGGGAAUCACGCCUCUGCACCUCGCAGCACAAGAAGGCAACGUGGACAUAGUGACCCUGCUGCUGGCUCGAGAUGCUCCCAUAAACAUGGGCAAUAAGUCUGGGCUGACUCCACUUCACCUGGCUGCCCAGGAGGAUAAAGUCAACGUUGCUGAGGUCUUAGUCAACCAGGGAGCUACUGUAGACCCUGAGACGAAGCUGGGAUACACUCCUCUCCAUGUGGCCUGUCACUAUGGCAAUGUGAAGAUGGUCAAUUUCCUGCUGAAAAAUCAAGCGAAGGUCAACGCUAAGACCAAGAACGGUUACACGCCUCUCCAUCAGGCUGCACAGCAGGGACACACACACAUAAUCAACCUGCUGCUACAUCAUGGAGCAUCGCCCAACGAACUCACAGCUAAUGGAAACAGUGCUCUGUCCAUUGCCAGGCGGCUCGGCUACAUCUCUGUGGUUGACACACUCAAAGUGGUCACAGAGGAAACUCUUACAACUCAGACUGUGAUAGAGAAGCACAAGAUGAAUGUUCCAGAGACCAUGAACGAGGUGCUGGACAUGUCCGAUGAUGACGUCUGUAAAGCGAAUGUACCCGAAAUGAUCACAGAGGACUAUAUAUCUGAUGUGGAAGAAGGUGACGAUGCAAUGACGGGGGACACAGACAAAUACCUGGCCCCCCAGGACCUGCGGGAGCUGGGCGACGACUCGCUCCCGCAGGAGGGUUACAUGGGCUUCAGCGUUGGUGCGCGCUCACAGAGCCUGCGUUCCUUCAGUUCUGAUAGGUCCAACACACUGAACCGGAGCUCGUUCACACGGGACAGCAUGAUGAUAGAGGAGAUGCUGGCACCCAAUAAGGAGAUGAUGCUCCGUAAGGAAAGGUCUUUCAUUGUAGAGCAACACAAUAAGCAUUUGUCUGUGGCUAAGGACUUUGACAACGACUCUCUGAGGAGGUACAGCUGGACUGCAGACGCACUGGAUAAUGUCAACCUAGUGUCCUCACCAAUACACUCCGGUUUUUCCUCUCCGCUCCCGCAGUACGACAGCAGGUUCCUGGUCAGCUUCAUGGUGGACGCCAGAGGCGGCUCCAUGAGAGGAAGUCGUCACAACGGCAUGCGCAUCAUCAUCCCGCCCAGAAAGUGUACAGCGCCCACCAGAAUCACCUGUCGGCUGGUCAAGAGACACAAACUGGCAUCUCCUCCUCCGAUGGUGGAAGGAGAAGGCCUGGCAAGCCGACUCGUUGAGGUCGGACCAGCAGGUGCUCAGUUCCUUGGGCCUGUGAUAGUGGAGAUCCCUCAUUUUGGCUCGAUGCGGGGCCAGGAGAGAGAGCUGAUCCUACUGCGCAGCGAGAACGGGGAGUCCUGGAAAGAGCAUCUGUACGACUAUAAGACUGACGACCUCAAUCAGCUCCUCAGUGGGAUGGAUGAAGAACUGGACAGUCCGGAGGAGCUGGAGAGGAAGAGAAUCUGCCGCAUCAUCACCAAGGACUUCCCACAGUACUUUGCUGUGGUGUCUCGAAUCAGGCAGGAGACCAAUCAGAUGGGACCGGAGGGCGGGACUUUGUGCAGCCGGAGCGUCCCAUUGGUUCAAGCUUCCUUCCCUGAGGGGGCAUUAACCAAGAAGAUAAAAGUUGGACUGCAGGCCCAGCCAGUACCUGACGAGACAGUGAAGAAAAUCCUUGGAAACCGAGCAACUUUCAGCCCCAUUGUUACUGUGGAGCCCAGAAGAAGGAAGUUCCACAAGCCAAUCACUAUGACAAUCCCAGUCCCGCCCCUCUCAGGGGAGGGGCUUACCAACGGCUACAAGGGAGACUGUACUCCAUGUCUUCGCCUUCUUUGUAGCAUCACAGGUGGAACAUCUCCUGCACAGUGGGAAGACAUCACCGGCACAACUCCUCUCACCUUCGUCAAUGACUGUGUCUCCUUCACCACCAAUGUUUCUGCCAGGUUCUGGUUAGCAGACUGCCACCAGAUCCCAGAGACGGUGGGCUUGGCCACACAGCUGUACAGGGAGCUGAUCUGUGUGCCCUACAUGGCCAAGUUUGUGGUUUUUGCCAAGAUGAAUGACCCAGUGGAGUCUAGACUGAGGUGCUUCUGUAUGACAGACGACAAGGUGGACAAGACCUUGGAGCAGCAGGAGAACUUUGAGGAGGUGGCCAGGAGCAAAGACAUAGAGGUUCUGGAGGGCAGGCCCAUCUAUGUGGACUGCUACGGAAACUUGGCUCCUCUGACUAAAGCUGGUCAGCAGUUAAUUCUUAACUUCUACGCCUUCAAGGAGAACCGUUUGCCCUUCUGUGUCAAGGUGAGAGAUCCCAGCCAGGACCCCUGCGGUCGUCUUACGUUCCUUAAAGAGUGUAAGACCAUAAAAGGUCUCCCACAAACUGCCGUGUGCAACCUGAACAUCACACUUCCGGCAGUGAAAAAGGAAAUGGAGUCAGAUGCCGAGGAUGAGACUGAAAAGCCAGAGCGACGUCAUACCUUUGCAUCUCUAGCCUUACGUAAGCGCUACAGCUAUCUGGCCGAGCCUGCACUGAAAACAGCCGUUGAGCGAAGCACAACAGCAAGAACACUGCCUGCUGGUUACCCUCACAAACCUGUCUUUCCAACCAGACCUUACGCACCAUGGUCGACUGCUCCUAUUACCGUCCCUGGCCAAACAAGGCCCGUCGGAGUGGGGGGUGCCCUCGCCUCUACCGAUUCACCGGCAGGCUCACCAGCUGCUUCUCCAUUGAAAACUACCUGGCCCCUCUCCUCCCCAUCACAUGCAUGCACUGCAACUACCAAAGCCACCCUGGGAGCUCCACCACCAGUACCUACUGUGUCAUCCCCAGUUAAAUCCGUUAGCGACAUAGUGUCCUCAUCCCCCAUCAGGUCUUACAGGACUAUGCCUUCACCCAUUAAAACCGUUGUCCAGCUGGGUCAAUACCCUAUCCAGGGGUCUGCCAGCUUUGUGCCCUCUGGAAGCCCAUGUAAACCUGCUACAGAUCCAGCAUCUAUCAAAAGCCUCGCUUCAGCAUACACAUCAAGGACUUCGCCACUUCACUCAAUACCCAAUGGUUCUGUACCAGAGUGGUCAUCAGCUUCUAUUACUACACCUUACAACAUGUACAGUUCUAAUCUGCCUUUUAAAACUGCCAUUGGGUCCACGGUUGCGACGGAGGCCGGUGCACCUAACCUUUCUCCUGUUAAAAGCAUCUCCAACCUGUCCUCUUUGAAAACUCCUGUAGAUUCAACACUCUCAUCCAGAGGAGGGAGGUCAACCCUCUCGUCUCUCUCCUCAACUGGGCAGACAACCAUUGCGUCCUCAGAACUGUCCAUGAUGAACGGAUCGGUCUCGCCUGUUAAAUAUCCAUCCUCCUCCUCCACACCAUCCUCACCUUCUUCUCGCCAUCUUUCAGAGAGAAGUAACAGCCUUCAGGAGAGGAUCCAUGCCACGACCCAGGCAGCAACCUCCAGUGUCAGUGCUGCCAUAAAUGAAGCUAUAGACUCAUGUUCUGUGUCAGGCUAUGGCACUCUUAAAUCACUGUCCUCCAUGCGUAGGUCUGCAGCAGCAAGCUCUGCUUACGGUUCUCUGAGAUCUGUACCUGCCUCCUCCAGCCCUGCUAUUUCAUCUAAUUCGGUGACUGUACCUGUAUAUUCAUUAAUCAAUGUCAUCCCAGAGGCCCCUGUCAAACCAGGGCCAGGGUCUCUCAAAAUGGCACUGCCUGAUUCUCCUCGUGCCUCAUCCCUGUCUUCUUCCUCUUUGUCUUCUUGUGUUACUGCAUCAAAAAUAAAGUCCCAACUAAAAUCUCCUCCAUUUAUCACACCGCCCAUUAUCCACCCAACUGCAACUUCCAACCAGGAGAUACUAAAAGAUGUAGCAGACAUGAAAGAGGACCUGAUCAGAAUGACAGCUAUCUUACAGACAGACACACAGACAGCAGCUAAAACUGUCCAAACAUCACAUACGGGCACUCCUAAAGAGACAAAGUUAGAGGAAGAAGAGCCAUUUACUCUAGUGGAGAAAGUGAAAGAAGAUUUAGUGAAAGUCAGUGAGAUAUUACAGAAAGAUGUCAUGAGUGAAGGUAAGGCCAUUGCUGUUAAAGAGAGAGCCUCAGAGGAUGAUUGGGAGGAAUUUUCCAAAGAUGAGAUUGAGGAGGCACAAAGAAGUGUCCUUUCAGAUUCUUGCCCUUAUUAUGAUGAAAACACACUCCUGCUCAAGCACCAGUCCAUGUCAAGCAAAGACUUAGAGUUAGCUAAAGUAGUCGAUUUUUUAACAAAUGACAUUGGUGCUAGCUCCCUUUCCAAAAUGGCAGAGCUGAAAUAUAGGUACGAGGAGGAGGCAAAAAGGGAAGGAGAAGAGAAACAGAAACGUGUUCUCAAACCAUCUAUGUCGAUACAAGAGCACAAACUCAAAAUGCCUCCACCAGUCUCAGGUAUGCUCAGGUCUCCCUCAGAGAAGGACCUAAGCAAACUUGCUGAAUCAUAUCAGGGGGCGGACACCAUUUUGGAAUCACCCGAGGACCUGUCUCAUGAGCAGGAUAAGAGUCCCCUGUCAGACAGCGGGUUUGAGACCAGGAGUGAAAAGACGCCUUCUGCUCCUCAGAGUGCAGAGAGUACAGGACCAAAGCCUUUAUUCACAGAUUCACCCAUCCCUCCCUGUGUGACUGAUACCCGGACCGAAGAGGUCCACUUUAGGAGCUAUGAUGAUUCUUGUGAGCCUGUAUUCAUGGAGGAGGCUACAGUUGCUCCUCCUUCUAUGGAGCCAGAUGCAGCUUCAACAAGCUCUACCAAAACCUUACAGAUGAAAAUGCCAGAAGAGGACUCCAUGAUGAACAAAAGUAUGUGUCUUAAAGAGGAAACUCAUAUUACUACUACUACUAGAAUGGUCUAUCGUAAGCCCCAAUUGACUGAUGGCACAGAGAUGAUCGAGGAAGCUAUGUCAGUUAGCGAUAUCAUGAAAGCUUUCCAGUCAGGUAGGGAUCCAUCUAAAGAAUUGGCAGGCCUUUUUGAACAUAAAGCUAGCCAGGAUUCUGUCAAAGGUGAUGAGCUGACUCCUAGAUUUCUUGACAGAGACAUCAAAUCCAAACCCAAAGUUGAAAGGAUAAUCGAGGUUCAUAUUGAAAAGGGCCACAGCACAGCAGAGCCGACUGAGGUUAUUAUCAGGGAAACAAAGAAACACCCUGAGCUUUAUGUCUACAAAGGAGACCAUGGAAUUAAGGAACUUACUGAUUAUGAUGAGGCCCAGCAGGAAGAAGAGGAGCUUACUGCCGAAGAAUCCCUGCCCUCCUUCUUAGAAACAUCUCGCGUUAACACCCCAGUGUCUCAGGAGGAGGACAGUCGUCCAAGUUCUGCCCAGCUGAUAGCAGAUGAUUCGUAUAAAGCCCUGAAACUAUUGAGCCAGCACUCAAUAGAAUACUGUGAUGAUGAGCUAUCAGAAAUUAGAGGUGAGUCAUAUAGGUUUGCUGAGAAAAUGCUCCUCUCAGAGAAACUUGACGCGUCAUCAUCUCACUCUGACACGGAGGAUUCAGCAAUGGUGACUGACAAAAACCGCCACAUAGUUUCUGAGGAGAGUGGUAGCCGUGGCACUGAGAGCAUGAGUCAGCAGCAUGGAAGCCCCAAAAGAGAGUUUGUUUCUAAGUCAUCAAAAGAUGGGUCCCCAAAAUCUGGUAAAUUCUUGCACAGGGAUGAACCAUCUCAGUUUGAUAAGGUGACAGUGCUCCAUUACUCCACAGAACAGGGCAGUCCCAAACAUGCUGUUUGGAUGCGAUUUACAGAGGAUAAACAUGACAGGAGCAGGGAUAAGCUCCUUUAUGAGGAUAGGGUGGACCAAACUGUAAAGGAAGCUGAAGAAAAACUGAGUGAGGUUUCACAGUUCUUCCGUGACAAAACAGAAAAGCUCAAUGAUGAGCUGCAGUCCCCUGAGAAAAAGCCUGUGAGACGUGACCCAAAGGAACCCAGGUCCUGGCCUAGCUCAGCCUGCAGUAGCCCUGAGAAAACACAGCCAAAACCUAAAGCAGGAGAAGAGGCCUUAGGUAAAAGCAAACUCAGGGAGCCUUCUGUUGGUAAAAUAUUUGGAAGCACCACUGCAACUGAAAAGAAAAGCUCUAGCUUACCAAGCAGUCCCCAGAAAACCACGCUCCCUCAUAUCAGUGAGGAUAAAAUUAAACAACAAACUAAAACCAGUGAGUCUGAACCCUCUUCACCCGCUCAUGUAAAAUCAACAUCCAAAGUCAGUGCUGUGAGGAUGAAGUUUGAAUCUGAGGCUCAGAAGCAGAGUCAGACUAGUCCAACCAAAAUUCCUCCUCCAGUGCAGCCAAAACCUUCAAUAAAGAAAUUACAGGAGAGCAAACUUCCUGUUUAUCAGUUUUUUGCAGGAGCGAAAGCAUCAAAAGUAUCUGAAACAUCAGAAGGAAGCUUGAAAAAAGAUGUUGAGAAGGACAUAUGUGCUGCCACUGACAACAGUAAACCUGCUUUGAUAUCAGCAACAUCUAAAGCCCCAAAACAUACAGCAGACAAGUUGCCAAACAAAAAUAUCUCCGAUGCAUCGCAGCAAAGACAAAUUAGUGAAACUGAGUCUCACAAAGCAACUUCUAAAGGAAACGUUAUCCAUUCCAGUGUUACUCAAGAAAUUAAAGAAAGCAAUAAAGAUCAGAAAGUUCAGACACAGGUUGUUCAUGACACUACUAGAUUACUAGAAAAAGAUAGUGAUGCUAAAAAGUACCAACAAGUCACAAAAAGCGAGUCUGCUUCCAAAGAAGUAAUAGCUGAAGUGUCAAGAAAAGACACAGAAGAACCACUAAACAAAAACCUUAGAAAAAAGACAGAAUCCCAAAUUCCUGUAAGAUUGGCUUCUAAUUUAGAUAAUGAGCUCACAAAGAAACAGACAAUAACUAAACCCUCACAGAUACCUACAUUAUUUAAGAGCAAAAUACAGACGAGUCCCGAGACAACCCCAGCAGAAACAGAUGAAAAUCUGACUUUUGAAAUUCUAGAUAAUGCACCCAAAGAUUCCAACUCCAAUAACCUUCCCAGUCCUAUGGAAACACUGGAGAAAGUCAUAACCACUCCAGCUGCUAUAACAACCAAAGAGAAUUUCAAGGGCAUUAAAACAUUACCCGUUUAUGUCAGUGUCCAGGUGGGAAGGCAGGGAGAGAGAGAGGCCAAAGGUGCCCUGUACACAGUCAAACAGAAAUCAAACUCAGCCCUCAGCCCCAUAAGCCCUGAUGAUGACACACUAGAGCAGGUAUCUUUCAUAGAUAGCUCAGGGAAAAGCCCCAUUACACCAGAGACCCCCAGCUCUGAGGAGGUCAGCUAUGACCUUACAACCAGGACACCUGAUGGCUUUAUGGGAUUCAUGUCAGAGAAACCCAGUCCCAUUAUGGAGGUGUCUGAGGAAUCAGAGGGAGAUGACCAAGGCAAAGUUGUUUUCUCUUUUAAAGAGGCCCUACCAGAAAGUAAAAGUAGUUUUCACGCCACUCAAGCAGACCUUGCUAAUGCUAAUAAGGAAGAAACAAAACUGAAUGAUAACCAGCAGGAAUUAAGUAAUAAUUUCAACCAGCAAGAAACAACAGGCAAUAGCAGGCAUGAUGAAAUGACAGGGCAAGAGCAGCAAGAAGUCUCAAAAGACAAAGGUAUUGCAUAUAUUGAGUUCCCUCCCCCUCCUCCUCUGGACUCGGUUUCAGAAAUUUCAGACCCAGAAAGGAAAGGUUCCUGUGCCUCUUCAGAGACUGAGACAGAAAUGAUGGAGGUGAACUUACAGGAAGAACAUGACAAGCAUCUGCUGACCGAGCCAAUUAUACGUAUCCAACCCCCUACCCCGGUGCUCCCUGGGGGAGAUGACAGUCAAUCGAAUGAUGAAGAGGAGGAUGAAUCAAUCUUCCAACCAAUACCUUGUAAGAAAUUAACAUUACUUGAGGAGGAGGAGGAGGAGAAGAAGAAGAUGGAAAAAGCAUCUAAAUCCAAAAAACAUGACAAAAAUGGAAACAAUAAAGAACCUCAAGGUGGGACCAAUGGAUCUAAUGGUUCUAAAGGUUCUAAUGGCAAAGGAGAUGACUGUGAAUAUGAACAAAAUGGAAAUGACCAGUCAAUAACAGACUGUUCAAUAGCCACAACGGCUGAAUUUUCUCAUGACACAGAUGCGACAGAGAUAGACUCACUAGAUGGAUAUGAACUUCAGGAUGAGGAUGAUGGCCUGUGCGAGCAGGCAGAUUUACGGCUGUUUGGUCUUCCAGACAGCCGAAGAGACGUCUGGGCAACAGACACUUUUAGGUCCACUGACCGAUCUUUUCCCCCAACCAAACUGGAAGUUAUUGAAGAGGAGAAAACCCCAGAGGAAUAUCAAAAGGACACUUUCAAUAAAGAUCCCCCCUCAAAUGGCGAAACAACAGAUGGGGUUAAAAGUCAAGAACAAAAACACUCCGAUAAAGAGGGAUUUUCAGACACUUACUUUAGUUAUAAAUUAGAAGAGGAAUUUAACUCUCCUUUUAAGACUGUUGCCACUAAAGGGCUGGACUUUGACCCCUGGCCCAGUAAAGGUGGAGAAGAAGAAGUCGUUGAUAUGGGAGAGACACGGGGAAGCAAUGGUGAGCCUAAGCCUUUUGGACUGGCAGUGGAUGACCAGUCUCAGGCCACUACACCAGACACUACCCCAGCCCGAACACCAACGGAUGAUAGCACACCGACGAGCGAGCCAAACCCAUUCCCCUUCCAUGAAGGGAAGAUGUUUGAGAUGACACGCAGUGGUGCGAUUGACAUGAGCAAGAGGGACAUGGUGGAGGAGAGGCUCCAGUUUUUUCAGAUUGGCCCUCAGAGUCCCUGUGAGAGAACAGACCUCCGCAUGGCAAUAGUAGCCGACCACCUCGGACUCAGCUGGACUGAGCUGGCCAGGGAGCUGGAAUUCUCUGUGGACGAGAUCAACUUCAUCAGAGUGGAGAACCCAAAUUCCCUGACAGCACAGAGCUUCACGCUCCUAAAGAAAUGGGUGCACAGGGACGGUAAAAAUGCCACAACGGAUGCUUUAACUGCGGUGCUGACUAAGAUCAAUCGGUUGGAUAUUGUGACUUUGCUGGAAGGGCCCAUAUUUGACUACGGUAACAUUUCAGGCACACGCUGCUUUGCCGAUGAUAACGCAGUAUUCCCGGAUCAGUCCGAUGGAUACGACAAUAUAGAUCUGGAGCUGCAAACCCCCUCAACCCUGAACUUCGUGCCCCCUACCCCGCUGCGCUCAGACGACUUCUUUAGCGAGGGCGAUGCUAGCGCAGACUUCCCUAGCAAGACCAUGCUUAGUAGACCUAGCGACCUCUCUCUCACUCAGACCACCAGUACCUCCAGCAGUGACCCCCUCACAGUCGCCCCAGGCCCCAGCUCCAAUGCCCCACAGCCCCCCAUUGUUGGGGCCGAAGAUACAACCUUGACCACAGGAGAAAGAGAGAUGUCUGUGGAAGAAAAGACAGGGCUUGUUUCUUAUGAGAGGCCGGAUAAUGACAGAAGGGGAGGAAACCAAAAAGAGGAUGCCGCCUUAGACACUGGUCAUGGAAAUGGAAGGCAGGAAGAAGAAGAAGAGGAGGAGAUGAGCCUGGAGAGGCUGCAGAGUCUGCUGGAGGAUAUAAAGCUGGAGGGAGGCUUGGAGGACGAGGAGAUGACAGAAGAGAGGGUGAAUGCAAUUCUCGAACAAGUACGGCAAGCAGAAAAAGAAAUGUGUUCAGUUCCAGGCUGGAGAAGUGAGACGUCCGAUGCAAUCGUAGAGUCAGCAGCCCCUGGCCGCAGCCCCGGCACUGAGGAGGGCAGCCCCGACAGUCUGGCUGAUUCAUUGGAGCAGCCCCCGGCUCAGACCAAUAGACAGAAUGGAGGUCACAGUGACACAGCCAGGGAACGAAAAGAUUCAGAGGCCAAGAGGAAGGGAUCUCAGGAGGACAGCAGCACAGCGGGACCAAGCAGAAGACGGGAGGAGGGAGGUGAAAGGUCCCAGCACAAAGUCCAGGGGAGUGUUAGAGCUGACGAGUCCAGCUCUGAUGACGAGACCACUGUCACCACCAGGGUGUACCGCAGAAGAGUCAUACUCAAGGGAGAGGAGGCCAAAAACAUUCCUGGAGAGUCUGUGACGGAGGAGCAGUACACAGAUGAAGACGGGAAUCUGGUCACCAGAAAAGUGAUCAGAAAGGUGGUACGCCGUGUGGUCAACACGGAGGAAAGGAAGGAAAGUGAAGGCAAAACUGUUUCAGAAGAAGGAUCUGCUCUUGGUGUAGUGACAGGUGGAGCAGAUGCUGCUUCUUUAGCAGGUGCAGCAGCAGCAAGCGCCACAGGGGGGAAGGGCAAGAAGAGGGGGAAGCGCUCCCGACAGGGUCACAAGGCCCAGGAGGCCCAGAGAGGGAAAACUGAGCCUGAAAACGGAGCCAGCAAGAAACAAGGGAAGAAGAGUCAGUCAUAACAGUGGUGCUCUCAACUAAACCUGGUCCACUGACGUCCACCUGCGACACCACAUACACCCUGGGAGGGAAAACGGACUGGAAGCCUCGUCAAUCGGCCAAAACGUGUCUGAAGCUUUCACUUACAACGCAUGGUUUUCAGCAAGACAAAGCAAAACAACUACUUUUCUUUUAUUUCGCAUGAGCAUGUCACCAAACUCUCUCACUGUUGUAAACAACACCCGAAGGACACGACUGGACGUGAGCUGGAACUUUCUAUCUUUGAUGAAUGAAAGGCGUCCGUGACCAAAGGUGGCGCAAGAAAAACGACAAGUAAACUGCUGACAGAUAAACAGAUAAAGAUGUGUGAUCCACUCUCUCUCAGACACUCGCCUUAUAUGGUCUAUUUUUUCCUCCUGGACCCACAGUAUUGGGGUGUUACCAUGUGGUUCUUUUUUAAAAAAUGAAAUAUAAUAGUAAAUGGGUGAUUUUGUUGUAUAUAACUGACACUGAAAAAAAAACAAACAAAAAAAGAUCAGCAGCUUCACAGAUUGUUUAUGCACUGAUUUGAGUUGAAGCUUCGCAGAGUCGGUGCGUUUGUAUUGAGAGGUCGACACUGUUUGUGCAGCCUUGAGUGUGUGACCUGACAUGCUCUUCCAAAUGAAUAUAAAAAAGUUGUGUGUAAAUGAGAAACGAAUGGAGAGAAAAAAAAACUGCUUGAUUUUAAACAAUGGACGUUUCUUUAUAUCCAACAGCUACUUCCGCUCCGUCUGUGGAACAUUCUUCGUCUUCAGAGAAAUUAUAUUUUGCUGCAUGUGACGUCACUUUAUUUUUAACGCUUUCCUUUUUUUUCCUCCUAAUUCAAAGCACUGUAAUACAAUUAGAGAGGGGUUUGAUGGUACUUUCUGUCUGUGUGUGCACAUAAUCCAACCAUCUGUCAUCAAUAACUGUUUUUAUUUUAGUUUUUACAAAGAUCACACACUCCACACUCGAGUGGCAGAGAUAGCUUCAUUCUUACGCUUCAGGAAGGUCAGUGUCCCCGAAUAUAACCUGCAGACUGGCACAAUGUGUUAUCUCCAAACUGCUAGCAGCCCCUGUGUGCGUGCAACAUCAAAUAAAAAUGUCUAUCUGUAAGCUCAUCAUGCAUACUAGAAGUGUACGUUUAAGCUUUUAGGUCUGCUGUGGUUUUAAAAAGGGGACUGUUAAAUUUUGAUGGUUUGAUGACUUUUAUCUUUAUUUAAUAGGUUGUAAUUUCAUGAGAACAGAGAAUCUUAUUUUUAGCCCCAUUAUCUAAAUGUAGUCCUUUUUACUAACUCACAUAAAUCACAGUAUUGAUCAAAAUCUGAUCUUCUGUUUAUAUGUCAGUCUUUUUUUUUUCUGUUUUCUCUUUUUUCAUACAAAACCACCCCAAGCAUCCAUUGUUGAUGAAAAUCUGGUACCAACAUGUAUGACGAACCAACAUAGCCUACACUGGAUGAUCCAAGUAAUUAUUUAAGCAGAAUAAUAAAUUGUGUUUAAACUGAA